CCCGUUUCCGGUGGGCAGACGUUCAAGCGCGUGUGCAGAAUAAAUAGAGUAGCUGUGCCUGAAUGUCGGAAUAAAGGAAUAUCACACAUACAUACAUACACACACAUACACACACACACACACAUACACACACACACACACACACACACACACACCGAGUCGCGUUUUACAGGCUCGGUCAAAGGUCAGAUCUAGCAUUUACCAUGGCAUCAGACAGUGCGAGCAGUGAGGAGGAGAUGAGUCUGUUUGAAUGUGAGUUAUAUGUGCAGAAACACAACAUCCAGCAGCUGCUGAAGGACUGCAUCGUCCAGCUGUGCACUUCACGGCCAGACAGACCCAUGGCCUUCCUCAGAGAAUACUUUGAGAGACUUGAAAAGGAGGAAACUAAACUCCUGAACCAGCAGAAAGGCAGCUCUCGCUCAGACUCUCGUGAAGAUGAGGUGUCUCCUCCCAUGAAUCCUGUGGUGAAGGGUCGCAGGCGGAGAGGGGCCAUCAGUGCUGAGGUCUACACUGAGGAAGAUGCCGCCUCCUACGUUAGGAAGGUUAUCCCGAAAGACUACAAAACCAUGGCUGCACUUGCCAAAGCUAUUGAAAAGAAUGUGCUCUUCUCACAUUUGGAUGACAAUGAGAGAAGCGACAUAUUUGAUGCAAUGUUCCCAGUCACCUACAUUGCUGGAGAGAUUGUCAUCCAACAAGGUGAUGAGGGUGAUAACUUCUAUGUCAUCGACCAUGGCGAAAUGGAUGUCCAGUGGUGUUUAAUAUCUUCACAGGUGUAUGUUAACAGUGAGUGGGUGACCAGCAUUGGAGAGGGGGGCAGCUUUGGAGAGCUGGCUCUAAUCUACGGCACCCCCAGAGCCGCCACUGUCAGAGCCAAGGCCAAUGUCAAGCUCUGGGGCAUUGACAGAGACAGCUACAGGAGAAUACUAAUGGGAAGCACUUUGAGAAAGAGGAAGAUGUAUGAGGAGUUCCUGAGCAAAGUAUCUAUUCUAGAGUCCCUGGAUAAGUGGGAGCGUUUGACUGUGGCUGAUGCACUGGAGCCGGUUCAGUUUGAGGACAGUCAGAAAAUUGUGGUGCAAGGAGAACCAGGGGAUGAGUUCUUCAUCAUCCUGGAGGGAUGUGCAGCUGUUCUGCAGCGUAGGUCAGAGAAUGAGGAGUUUGUAGAGGUCGGCCGGUUAGGACCAUCAGACUACUUUGGUGAAAUUGCUCUGCUGAUGAACCGACCCCGUGCAGCCACUGUGGUGGCCCGCGGCCCUCUGAAGUGCGUCAAGUUGGACAGGCCACGUUUCGAGCGGGUGCUGGGGCCGUGCUCGGACAUCCUCAAACGCAACAUCCAGCAGUACAACAGCUUCGUCUCGCUCUCCGUCUGAAACUCCCCACCCCUCAAAACCUUCACCGCAGGGUCCACCGACACCAUUUAGCUCUUCAUCAUUGUUUUAAGUGUUUACAGGCUCAUUACUUUCACAUGCUUCAUUAAGUGCUUCCCAUGUGACUGUGACAUCAGUCUAAAGCUUUAACAGCCGGUUUCAUUGUCAGACAUUUAGAGGCAAAUGAAAGGACAAUCAAAUGUACUUUCCUCCAAUCAAAUCCCAGCCUUUAUUCUAGAGUGUUUUUAUCUAACUCCAAGCAGUAAACAAAAAAACAAUAGAAUAAAAAAUAUAUUUAUAAUGGAGUUAUUCUAAAACUUGAAACAAGUUAUAAAUUCCUUUACCCUCACAGUGCUCAAGUUAGUUUUUUUUAAAGACUAGUUUUAUAAAAAGAUGAACUGCCUACAUAUGUAUAAAUACAGUAAGCUAGAAGAGUGAUUCUGCUCAUUCAAGCCUUACUGCAUAAUUUCCCCUUUGCUAACCUAAUCAAAGUUAUACAGUCUAAUGGAGAAAAAACGGUCACAACUUACGAAGUAUAGUAACUAUAUGCUAUUUUAUUGUCACAUUUGUUAUUAUCAUUCCAGCACAUGCUCUUGCUUUUUGUGUUCAGUUGCGUAUAUCGGUUGUCAGGCCAUUGCCACGCAGUAUCUAUAUAUUUAGGUUUUACUGUAAGUGAAGCUGGCUCAUCGAUUUUUAACGCUAGUGCCAAACGUUGCACAGCCUCACGACUUGACUUGAAUUUAGCUUCUAACAGUGAACAGUGCAGCACAGCUGACACACUGACGAUAUUUGAUUUAUUACAGUUGCAUGUGCGAUCUCUGAUAACGACUCGUUUGCAAUCCGAAUGUUUCAGUAUUUAUUUACCUAUAUGUCAUUAUAUGCUGAGAAAUACUUUUUUUUUUUUUUUUUCACUUUUAAUACGCUUAUUUUUCCACAAAUUAUAUGUUGAGGUGCACAGUGGCAUAUUUAGACACAUGUCGUAUUUUCACAUUAACGUUGUUUUCUCUUGUAAGUGUUUCAAUGGCUAUUUCUGAAGAGGCUUGUAGCGGUUUUAAUGCUUAAAUAAAACGAGACUGAAACUAUUCAAAAAUUAGGUUUUAGUGUAAAUACAGAGGUGUCGGUUUUCUUAAGCUACUGUUUGAAUAAAAUGGGCCUCAUUCAUGUUUUAUUCAGUUGAAUGCGACAAAGUACAGUGCGUAAGAAUGGCUUUAUGAUGAACUAUCUGCACAGAAAUGAGUUCGGCCUGUGUUUUAUGAAUGAGGCCCGGAGUCUUUAAGAUUUUUUUUUUAUUAUUGAAACUGUUCAAACAGGUUUUCGAGUCGGAAAGAACAUGGACAGUAUGAUGUUUACGUUCUCAGUUUUUUCUGUAGGCAGUCCCGAGUGAUUUCAAAGUAAUCACUGAUUCUCUUUAUUUACUCAUUUUUAGUUAUUGAUACAUUUAAAGAAAGAUUUUGUUUAAGCAUUUUUAACUCUCUUGCUGCUCUUCAUAACAUUUCUCAACUUGACACUUUUGAUUUCCCCUUAAACAAUUGGCCCAGACUUACUCAAACCCCCAUCUUCAUGGCAGUGAUGCUUGUUGUAUUUUAUAUCUGUGUGAAUGACAGACUGCUGAAUGAGUGUGUAUGUUAAACAGGUGAAUAGAGCUUGCCUUAGCUUCUGUUAUCAAGGGUUGGAUGUUCCUUCUAACCCAAAUGUAUCCGCUAGUUCUGUGACCUGCAGUCUUAUGAGCUGUUGAUAUGUUGCGGACCACUGAUGUUUUUUUGUUCAAUGUUAUCCAAAUGUGUAGUUUCUGCGCAGAUAAUAAUCCUUUUGGUAUAGAUCAUUCCAAAUGGCAGUUUAAGCAAUAAAAAGGUUGUAUUGUUGAACCAUCAACUGAAGUGGUAUACUUUAUUACCAUGUUCUUAUGUUUGUGGUUAGAUGUACUGUUAGAUGUACUGAUCUACUGUAAUUGAGACACAAGAGGGCAGUGUUCAACCAAGAGAGAAAACUCUGGGGCUUCAGUAUGUUCAGAAUAGAAUACUUGCUUGCUACUUACUGCAUACUGCACAGUAUGCACUGUAUACUGCCUACUACUUUUUAAAAAUAGUAAGUGACAUUUCAAACGGAAGUCUGCUGGACAUGAGGUCACAACAACACAUCCUGUUAUCGUUUUGGAAAUAAAAAAAUAUUUUAGCAUUUUUAAUUAAAUGAUGUGUAAAUAUGUCUAUACUUUCGGCAAUCUAAAAACAAAAAUGAGUCAAAAUAGAGAUUACGACUGUGGUAUUUACAGUUCAUUCGUCAUACUGGAAAUGUAAGGUCAAAUCAAGUGCAUUUCAUUUUGGCAUACAAUUAUAAAUUGUACAUUUUGGCAAAUGUAGUGGGGCAACCGGGUGUUCUAUUAAUACAGAAAAUGUGUGUUUGCUUACUAUAUACUGCAAGUGAUAGUUCACUUAAAAAUGAAAAUGCUCUCAUCAUUUGCCCUCAUGUCAUCCCAGAUGUUUAUAAAUGUAUUUAAUCCUGCAGAACACAAAGAUUUUUAGAAAAAUAUAUCAGCUAUAUAAUUCCUUAAAAUGAAAUUGAAUGGUGACCAGAACUUUGAAGGUCCAAAAAGCAUAUAAAGGCAGCAUAAAAGUAAUCCAUAUGACUCCGGUGGUUUAAUCAAUGUCUUCAGAAGUGAUAUGAUAGAUGUGGGUUAGAAACAGAUCAAUAUUUAAGUACUUUUUUUUUUUUUUUUACUAUAAAGCUCCCCUUUCACAUUCUUUUGUUUUUGGUGAUUUGCGUUCUUCAUGCAUAUCGCCACCUACUCAGCUGGGAGAAUUUAUAGUAAUUAAAAAAAACUUAUAUAUUUAUAUAUAAAAAUAUUUAUUUUGUUUCUUACCCAUACCUAUGAAAUGCGACACACUCAAAGUGAGAUGCUCAAAAAGCAUCCGUCUGACGUAUGUGUUCAUAGACCCAGAAUUAAAAAAAAAAACCCAGAUGGAAUUAGACCAAUAUUAGGGUUAUUUUCAAUGAUAUAGAAAUAAAACUAUAUUUACAUUUUUAAAGACACUUUUUGUAUGGUCUUAAUGCUUUACUUGUCUG